AUGGAGGAGCUUACGGAAUUCCGCAAUCAGGCUAGGGCGGAGGUAGCGGCCAAAGCUGACAAACUAGCUGAAAGCUCUUUCCGGAGCCGUCCCAAGGACCUUGUCCCAAGACAAAAACCCGUUCGUGGACCAAGAUACACUCACUACACCCCAUUAAACACUAGCCGAUCGGCUGUACUGGACCAAGCACUUGCUUCGGAAGUCCUGGCAGUACCAAAACGAGCUUCGACCCCCCCGCGUGCCGACACAAGCAAGUCCUGCAGAUAUCACCGCAACCGGGGUCACUCGACCGAAGAGUGCGCGACGCUAAAAGAUAAGAUUGAAGACUUAAUAAAACAAAGGCAACUCCAACAUUUUGUCGACCGACCUCGUUCUCCUCAAUACAAUGAUCGUCGACAUCGUCAAGAUCAGCCUGAUCGAGACAGAUUCGACAGGCAUCAUUACAGGGAACGAAGCUGGUCGAGGGGUCGAAAGGAAGAUGAACCGAAAACUCAACCCCGACGGGUCAUUAAUACUAUCGCCGGCGGAUUCGCAGGCGGAGGCCCUACCUCCUCAGCACAGAAGAUACAUUUGCGAGCUGUCCGAACCAUCCACGCGGUUGAACGCACCCGACAGAGACUGCCGACCAUCACAGUCACCGAGGCCGACUUCAAAGGCAUUGACCCUGACCAAGACGACCCCAUGGUCAUCAGCGUCGAGAUCCACAACUGCAUUGUUCGAAAAAUGUUGCUUGAUCAGGGUAGUUCAGCCGAUAUCCUCUACUGGAAUACCUUCAAACAACUCGGUAUCCCGGAAGCCGAGCUGAUCCCAUACAACGAGACCUUGGUUGGAUUCUCUGGCGAACGUGUCCAAACCAAAGGGUACAUUAAGUUAUACACUUGCUUUUGUUUCGAUGGAGCCGAAGCCUGA